CGCCUCCUGGGGGCGCUGCCCGGGGGCGUCCGCCGCCCAUGCCGCCCCGGCGCCUUGCCGCGCCCGGCGCCGGCUGCUGAAGCCCCGGACGCGCCGCUCGCCCGCCGCCCGGAGCCGGCCGCCCUCCUGUGCCCAAGAUGUGGCACAACGUCGGGCUGACCCUGCUCGUGUUCGUGGCCACGCUGCUGAUCGUGCUGCUGCUGAUGGUGUGCGGUUGGUACUUUGUUUGGCAUCUUUUUUUGUCAAAAUUCAAGUUUCUUCGGGAGCUGGUGGGAGACACAGGGUCCCAGGAGGGAGAUCACGAGCCUUCAGGGUCUGAAACGGAAGACGACGCUUCCUCCUCCGCACCCCGGGUCAGAUCUGCUCGCCAGAGAAGGGCACCUGCGGAUGAAGGGCACUGAGCCCUGCCGCGGCCCGCGUCCGCCUCAGCCCCAGGGCCCUCGCUUGGGCCACCUGGCCCUGCCGUUUGCUCAAAGGCAGAAGACGACUCCUUCGGUGUGCGAUUUGACAAGGGUCACACGUAAGCCGUAUGAAAACAGAGGGAAUUGAAACCAAGCCGGGCCCGUGCAGCGAUCGUUGCAGAGGAGCUCGCCAGCCCCUGUGCGCCCACGUGCCCCGCGUUCCCUGCGGCUUGGGCUCACUCGCGCCCGUGCGUGCUCGUCUGGUGGACGGCACAGGCUUGCCAGCCGCAUUUUGUUCGUCCCGGGCCGCUCGCCUCUCUUCCUUGGCUGUGUCGCAUCCCGCCUUGCGCCACCGUGGGAUGCGGGGUGGCCGCCUCGAGCCGGCGGCCGUCGCGGCGUGACGGGCCCCGCCCGGGCUGCGGGAACGCGGCGCCGGUCACAAUGUCGUCGAAGCGGGUGCACUACGACUCGGCCCUGAAGCGGAAGGUGAUCGUGUACGCGGAGGAGCACGGCAACCGGGCCGCCGGGCGCGUGUUCGACAUCAACGAGGCCAACAUCCGGCGCUGGAGGAACGACCGGAGCUCCAUCUUCUCCUGCAAGGCCACCACCAAGUGCUUCACGGGACCCAAGAAGGGCAGGUACCCGCAGGUGGACGAAGCGGUCCUGCGCUUUGUCAAUGAGACGCGCGCCAAAGGCCUGCCCGUCACACGCCAAGCCAUGCAGCUGAAGGCCGGAGAAAUCGCCAGAACCCUCGGAAUCGAUGAGACCAAAUUCAAAGCGACGAAAGGCUGGUGUGACCGAUUCAUGCGUCGAGCGGGGCUGUCCCUCAGGCGCCAGGCACCGUUUUGUCCCCAGCUUCCCGCCGACGUUACGCAGAAGGCGGCGGUGGAGAGCUGCUUGAAGAGGUGCUGCAUCUCCAGCACGUUCGAUGAUGCCAAGGGCGCCGUGGUCUGGGAGAGCGCGGACGUCGAGGGCUGUGAGUCCAGCGAUUCAGAAGCGUUGGACUCAGAAUACGAAGUGAUCGUUAUCACGUAACCAGCCCCUCGGGUCCCCCACUCCCUUUGCGAGUGCACGCAGUUAGCGGGAGAAAAACCUCUGUCGGAAAGCUCUGCUUCAGAAAUUAAAAGAGCAAACAUUCUGCAGGACACAGAAGCACCACGUCAUAGUUGGAGCGCCCGUGUCUUUUCUUAGUGAUCCCUGUGGUGCAUCAUAGGCGUGGUGGUAUCUUAGGUUAGACACGAAGGUAGUCUGUAAACUUAUUUUUCUUUCUAGCAUAGCGGUUAUUUAUUGGGGAACUUGAUUCUGACCCUCACCAUGUUGUUGCAAUAGUUAUCCUCUGUGAGACAGCUUUUGGGGGGCACCUGAUUCAGGAUGCUAGAGGGGUGAUGCGGCCUUCCAGGGCCCUGUCUCGACUCCAGGACGAGUGGGAUUCGUUGAUCCUUCUGUGCGGGAGGCCUUCCCGCUCAAGGCCUGUGUUGUGGAGAAAAUACUUCUUCACAAAACAGCAAUUCAGUGACAAGACCUCAGGGGUGCUGGGUACUGAGGGAAAAAACGGAGAGUGGGUGAAAAUGCCUGCUCUACUGUAAAAUGACUCUUGCUCAGUUCCCGUGUUUGUCCGCAGUGACCUUUGGACCGAGUGGUUGCUGGGCAAGAGGGACAUGGAUUAAAGAACCUUCCUGUUGAAUGCCGCCUACUCUAUGCAAGGAUGCAGUCCUUGCAACCCCAGCUUACGUUAUGAAUCCGCAUUCUUUUUACCUUUUCAGCCCUCGCUGCUCACGGACUCGUCAUUACAGGACCUCACCCCUGUGUGACGAAGGUGUGUUGCGAUUUUGUUGGAUACCUCAUACGUCAUGUUCAUGCUUCAGGAUAGCUUUGUUUGUUUGUGGACAGUUCCCUGGCUCUGCCCCGAGUUGUCCACACCUCGGCUCUCCCUGCAGCCCUUUGGAGGUACUAAAAGGGAAUUUACACAGUAUAACUUCACUUUUUUAUACGACUUCCUCAGCUCAGCAGCUGAGAGCGGGGCUCAGCCUUCAUUUCCUCGUCGGAUGCAAUGUUCUGUUUUGAUGUGACUGUAUCCAUGAACCAAACAGUGACCCAAGUUUCAAGCAGGAAUUUUCAUGCGUCGUACUAGCUAAAUAUCACAUUCAAAUGCUCCUCAGUUAGGAGAAAGAAAAAAAAAAAGUACUGUUUCUUGGUGCUGGGAGGAUAUCUGAAUUAGGUCUUUCAUCGUCUGAUAUUUUGAGCUGGGGAUUUCGCCUUGGGGUGCGUAUCUUAGGUUAGAUGCUAACUGCUGACGAGCUUUAAGUCCUAGCUGGUGAGCUUCCCAGUGAGUCAGUGUUAAGGAUGAUGACCCCAUAAGCCCCCCAAUCUCCAGGGGUCAUCCACACAUGACCCAUGUGACAGAGUACACCUUGGUGUUAUUUAUGAAUAUUUAUGCCUCGUGGAUGUCUUUUUUUAAUAGGAUUUUAAGAAGUGUUCUGCAGAACUUGCUUGGGAAAAAUACCCAGUGCAUAUUAAUAGUUCACAGCCUACCAUGUUCUAACUCUUAGGAAAGUCAAAAGAAAUCUCUGAUGGCAGUACGAAAAUUCUCCCAACUUAAUUCCUUUGUUUAAAACGCACCCCCCCGGGCCCCCCCGCACUCCUCUUUCCCACCCGGUACACUCGACAGAGUACAUAUUUCUAAGGCCGCUAAGAGAGGCAAGAGAAAUAGUUGUUAAUACAGGAUUACUUGUGUGACAUGUUUUGUUCUUUUUCCCGCUGCAGUGCUUUUUAUAGCCAGAACUCACCAUAAGUAUGUUUUUAGUUUCUUAGUAGGAGAUGAACUGACCUGUGGCUAAUUUUCAAGUAGAAGGUUCUGAGCAUUAAAAACGCAAGCAUUAGUCUUGUCUGAAUCCCCUCAGACAGCGGUGGUGAUCAGGGCACCGUCUUCUGAGGAUUAAUUCUACAACAAGGACUUCAGCGAGUGCUUUUAUUUCCUUCCCAACCAACCAUUUCCAAACCUUUUUUUUUUUGCCUCAGAAAACUUUCUUUUGCCUCUGAAACCUUUGUGGAAAUUGCCUGUAUCCAGUGUAUUGGUAGCAUGGCGCUGAAUUUAAGGCCCCGAAACACUAAAUAUUUGUGUGGCACUGUUUAAUAAGGUUUUUAGUAUUUACAUAAAGCUAAAAGCAGAAUUCAUCCCAUGGAUUUUGCAGUGAUGUUUUCAUGGUGGAAACAUAAAUACAUUGCUCCUUGGUGGGACAGCCAGUUUACAGACACGCUAACUAUUUCUUUAGAUGUUUUCAGAUUUAAAACCAACCUCAGAUGGUUACUUUGCUCUAAGUUGGGAAUAUAUUAAGAAACAGCUUCACAAAAUAGGGCAUUUUAAACCAAAAUGUGUUGAAAGAUUUGAAAGGAGUGCAUUUUUACUUUUAAGAGCAGCAUUUUUUGCAAUGAUUUGAAGUCAACAAUGCAGUAUUUUUUAAAGUCAGUUUUUCUUAAAAGGUAUGUUUUCAUGGAACAUGUAACCAGUGUGACGUUAGCUUUUGACUAGUACACUUCAAGUGCUUUUAUAUUUCAGGUUGACUUUAAAAAGCCAAUGAGCAGUACUCAAAGGUUAUGGAUUCUUAAGCAUUUAAUGGAAUAGUAUUUUGUUAUGGAGUCUAGAAUUUAAGCACCUUGUAUUGUCUGCUUUUAAAAUAUUCUAUAGUUUUUAACUUAAAGCCUAAAGAUAACAUUUUAUCUUAUAUUAAUAAGAGUUACCUUUUCCCUUUGUUGAUGUACCUGCGCUGCCUGUUUUUUGACCAGUGUUUACCCUCUAGGUCAGUUCUAUUCUAUGCAUAACCGUUCACCAAAUACUGCUGCUCUGGUUUCUUAAAGGAAGCCUUCCGUGCUAUGCUAUGCUGUAUUGUCAUCUUGCUGCUUGACAAAUAGGUUUAUAAGGAAUUAGAACCGCGUGUGUUAAUAGGACCUUUGUAAUAACGAGAUAUAAAAGUAGGGAUGAGACGUGUGUAUAGGUGAUUACUCACUGUUACUGUUUUAAAACUGGUCAACACUAUAUCGAAAGCUUCUGUGCUUUGUCCGUAUGAUGUUUUAACUUUCACUUUAAACUACACAAUAAAUUAAAAGGAAAACAAAA